UGGGUAUGAAGACUUUUACCGGCUGUUAAACGGAGACAAGCAGAAGUCAGACACCAUGCUGCUAAAACUUAUCAUCCUCUUGCUCAUCCAGAAUCAGGUGCAAGCUGGAAAGGUUCCUUCAUCUUCCUCUGAGGAAGACGGCAGCAGUGAGCAUGAUGAUGAGGAGCAUGACAGAAGUUCCUCCCAUGAACAUCACUGGGGCUAUCAUGAUCAAGAAGCAUGGAUGUCCUCUUUCCAAGACUGUAGUGGAAAAUCUCAGUCUCCGAUUGACAUUGAGACCAGCAAGGCCAUCUAUGAUCCCAACCUAAAUCUGAUAGAGCUGGAGGGUUAUGACCUUACAGGCGGCCCUCAUCUGACACUGCUAAACAACGGACACACAUUGCUACUGGCUUUGCCCAACACCAUGCGCAUAGUGAGAGGAUUUGAUGAAGUCUACCUGGCUGCUCAACUUCACUUCCACUGGGGGACCAUAGAGGUCCCUGGCUCAGAACACACCAUAGAUAAAGUUCACUUCCCUGCUGAGAUCCAUAUGGUUCAUUAUAACUCAAAAUACGCCAACAUGUCAGAGGCUGCAAACAAACCAGAUGGACUCGCUGUAUUAGGAGGCUUUAUUGGUAUUGGUCUUCAUGAAAAUGAAAACUAUGAAAAAAUCCUGUCUGCACUCACAGAUGUUAGCAUAGAAGAGUCAAACACGCAGAUCCCAAGUUUUAAUGUCCGUCACCUUCUACCAAACAAUCUGGAGAGGUUCUAUAGGUACAAUGGUUCUCUGACCACUCCACCGUGCUUCCAGACUGUCAACUGGACAAUGUUCAAUGACACAAUCACAGUAUCAAGGAAACAGCUGGCCGCCCUGGAGAACACCCUGAAAGCAGGUCAAAACCAGCACCUGUCCAAAAACUUCAGAGCUCCACAGCUUCUCCACGGAAGACGAGUCCUGUCAUCUUUCAGCAGUUCACCCAGUGUGGACAAUCGGAAUGUUGAUGUGCCAUUAGAGACAGAACCUUUCAAAAGAUCGGGAGCACUUGGUGAACUGUCCAGAGGAGAUAUAUUAGCCAUUGCCUUUGGAGUCUUAUUUGCUGUGACUUUGCUGGUUUUCUCCAUGUAUGCUUAUCAGCAGAGGAAAAAACACUCAAAACUCAAAAAAGACUCCAGACAAAAUGUGAUUUAUAAACCAGGAACCAAAGAAGAGGUAUAGAUGUGAAAUGUGUAAUUCGCUUUCAGGAAAGUAUAUUUAUACUACAGAAUAUUUUAGAGUUGCUAAGUUAUGGGUUGCCUCCGUUCUUGUCUCAGUUUUCCAUCAUUGUUGGUUUCUAUGUUUUCUCACUGUGCGCUAAGAAGUCAGAUUUGUUCACAACAGUCUCUGUAAAUAUAACUGCUUUGUUAUGGGUGAUCACUUGAAUUUGGCAUGAUCUCAACCAUGUUCUUUCUAUUUAUGAGGAUGUUCUACUUUGUCUACUGUGUGUCAUGUUUACAGUUUUUGUUAUGUAUCUAUAUUGCAGGUCAUGUUAUUUGGCUUAUUAACGCACACAUACAUCACUAAUCAGCCAAUAGCGAUGUAUUAUGUAAAUCUCUCAAUAAAAGUGUUUCUGUGUUUCUAA